CAGAGGAUCGCAACAUUCGCUCUGGUGUUAGCCCGGAGCACAGUGCGUUCCCGAAAAGGAACUUUGAUUAAGUCGUCUUCGUACAGCAUUUACGCCAAGAUGUCCAUGGUUCGAAGAUCUAGUAUGGACAGGAUGUCCUCCAGCAUGACGUCUAGCAUGACGGGAAUGGGACUUGGCGGUAUCACCGGAUUGACAUCGGGGAUGAGUACAUUGAGUUGCAUGAGAGAACAGCAGAUAACAAUCGGUGGAAUGCCUGCGAACUACGUUCCUGGACUAUCUGCCUACUAUAACAUCUCAAGCUUCUGCCAACGUCCCGGGCAAACCCGUCGCUGGCCCAUGCAACGCGCCGGACCGACGGCUCAACAUCGCCCAGGACGCUCACAUAGCACGGGAGCUCUGCACCGCAUGAAACAUUCAAUGAGGAAUAGUCCUAAUACCCAGUAUACGCACAAUCUUAUUUGCAAGAUGGCGGACCAAAAUGAAAGGAGACGUCGUCAAGAUACCAUGGAGAUGAUCCCCCAGAGCUAUUAUUCUCAACAACCCCUAAAGGUAGAACUCACUGAGUUCUACUCACGCGACAAUUCUAAGGACCACCAUACUGAACAGUAUGAUUUGGUGAAUGAUAACAUCCUACCGAAUCCGGUACUACGACGUGGUCAGAAUUUCUUCUUUGCGGUUCGUUUUGAUAGAACCUACGACAAGCAGCAGGAUAUGAUUCGAGUUGUAUUCUGUUUUGGUCCUAAACCCAGUGUAACUAAGGGUACGCGGGUGGUUCUACCAGUUAACUGGAGCACACAGCAAGGUGUUUUCCAACAUUCUCGCGACGUGAUGGGAAUGGGAUUGGGCAUGGGAUUGGGAAUGUCACGUAUACAAGACACUAGCACCGGGUUGGCUACAAUGGGAUCUAUGGGAACAAUGGGCACCAUGGGAUCAAUUGGUACCAUGGGCCCUAUGGGACCUAUGAGCGGCAUGAGGGAAACUACAACUUACGGGGUACGGCGCAGUUCAUUUAGUAAUGAACCUCUACCCCUGCAACAUAGUCCUCUCAGUCCCCACGGCCCUAUGGAUAGGCCUAUGUUGGAUCGUUAUGGUAAUACGACGCAGCAUUCUUCGUUUGGUCGUGGCUACGGAUCACGCCACGGUUCACGCCAUGGUUCUCGCCAUGGAUCAAUGCAGAAUCUGGCAUCUCUUGCUCAUGAUAUGGAUAGAUGGGAUAUCAGCAUUCAACGCCAAGAUGGGAAUACCAUUACGUUCCAAGUUCAUGUUCCUGCCACGGCUCCUGUGGGAGUAUGGAAUUGUUGGGUUCAAACCAACCGAUUUGGCCAGCGCGAUAAUCGCCACGACUAUAAAUGCGAUGAGGACGUUUACAUCUUGUUCAACCCUUGGUGUCGUGAGGAUCCUGUUUACAUGGAUAAUGAGUCGUCUAGGAAGGAGUAUGUACUCAAUGAACAAGGAAAGAUUUGGUGCGGUACAUGGCGCCAACCCAAGGGUAGGAAAUGGAUCUAUGGACAAUUUGAUGAUGUGGUUUUGCCUGCUUGCAUGUAUUUGCUCGAACGCAGUGGCUUGGAGCAUUCUGAACGUGGUAACCCUAUACGUGUCUGCAGGGCUAUUUCAUCAAUGAUUAAUUCUAACCAUGAUGAUGAUGGUCUUAUGGUGGGUCGCUAUGAUGGAGAGUAUAAAGACGGUGUAGCACCACAUGCUUGGACCGGGUCUGUUGCCAUAUUGGAACGUUACCUUACUGACGGGGGUCGGCCUGUAGAAUAUGGGCAAUGCUGGGUAUAUUCCGGACUCGUCGUCACCAUUUGCAGGGCUUUAGGUAUACCAUGUCGGUCAGUAACAAACUACGUGUCUGCCCAUGACACGAACCGCACAUACACCGUUGAUAAGUACUUUGACCGCGAUGGCAAUGAGGUACCCAACGGACCUGAUGAGGACUGCUAUGACUCAUGCUGGAACUUCCACGUAUGGAACGAUGUUUGGAUGACGAGGCCAGACUUACCACAAGGAUACAGUGGCUGGCAGAUCAUUGACUCUACACCUCAGGAAGAAGCUGAGUCAGUAUAUCACUGCGGACCGGCCAGUGUAGAAGCUGUACGUCGCGGUGAAGUAGGUUUCCAAUAUGACACGCCAUUCAUGUACUGUCAGCUCAAUGCGGAACUCUGCCACUUCCAAGAGGAAGAAAACUCUGAAUGGGGCUUUAUUAGGAUGGCAUCUAACCAAUACCAAGUUGGGCGAAAGAUUCUUACUAAGAAUCCUAAUCGUGAUGAUGAUGAAGGUGAAAGCGAUAUGCUGGAGAUCACGCAUGAAUACAAGACGGUAGACAGCUCAUCGCCUGAGCGUCUUGCGGUCAUAGCCUCUUGCCGUGGCUAUCAACGUCUGCAACAAUAUUAUGAAUACCCUGACCGUAACUACGAAGAUGUUUACUUUGAUCUCAUGGACAUUGAUAUUGUUCCGUAUGGACAACCCUUUGAUUGCACUAUGAACAUUCAGAAUAAAUCUCACGAAGAUCGUACGAUUUGGUGUGUAUUGACAGCAUCGUCUUGCUACUACACCGGCGCGAUUGCUUCUCGUCUGAGACGGGCUCAGGGAGAAUUUAUCGUUCGUGCUGGUCAACGUGAAGUUCUGAAGUUACAUGUCAGUCCGCAAGAAUAUAUGGACAAACUGGUAGACCAUUCAAUGGUAAAGGUGCAUGCUAUGGCUUACGUGAAACAGACUCGCCAGGCUUGGUCUGAUGAAGACGACUUCCCGCUACAUAAGCCCAGAUUGCAAGUUCAGGUCAGGAACCAGCCGUGCAUAGGACAGGAAUGCCCCAUUACAUUCAGCUUCCAGAACCCAUUGAAUGUUCACCUGACCGAUUGUUACUUUACCUUCGAGGGACCCGGUGUUCAGCGUCCACGACAGAUCAGGUUCCGCGACGUAAAGCCGGGUGAGUUCGUGAACUACCAGGAUAAGUUCGUUCCCCGCCGUCAUGGGGAGCGGCGUAUUGUGGUGACGUUCUCGUCCCGACAGAUGGACGAGAUCUUCGGCUGCACCAUGGUGAACGUGCGCGGCUAGCUAGUCCCCGGGCCUCGCGCGCUGACUCCCAGAGCCUCGCCGGGGCCUAUCUCACCGCCGCAGCUGCAAAUGGACCGCUCCUACACAUCGUACAUUGCUCCAGAUCAACACGUCUAUGUUCAAGAAGAGGAGGUCGUAGUCUUGAAGUCUAUUUGAACUGACGUGGCAGAGACUUUUCAUGAUUUUGUGUGUGUUGAACGUACAAGUGUUUUUCUUUUAUAUCUAACGACGUGGCUCUCAUUUGACGGACUUAACUGAUAUUUUUCGUAUUUGUGUGUCACAUAGCACGAUUCAUAUAUUAAUAAAAAAACAAAAAAAAACUUGAUUUUAAAAUACUGUUCACAUCUUUUUCACUGUGUGUUGUGAAAUGUAAUCAUUUGUAAUGUUAAGAAGAUAUAACCGAUGCUUCAAGUGCCAUUUCAUUUGCUAUCAAUUUAUUUUACUUUUAAGAUAUACAUAGGAGUAAGGGUUUAUAAAUAAUUUAAAGUGUUUAAUAAUAUUUUUACAACAAUUAAGUAAAUAAAAUAUAUCAAAAUCAUAUCUAUCUAAUACAUUGCACUGUGUUUGUGUGUUUUUGGGAUCUCAAAAAUAAAAAUCAUUCACUGCA